UUCUCCAUACAGUUCCACAUUAUUCUCUCUCUCUCUCUCAAUCGCCAUGAAAGACCCCCUAUCCCGUCGCAGAAAACCCACCACCCCCAAGAAACUCAAGCUGGUCUGCAGCUUCAAUGGCGCAUUCCACCGCCGCCCACCCCCGUCGGAAAACCUCCGGUACACCGGCGGCGAGACCCGGAUCAUAACCGUGGAACGGAGCAUCGGGUUUUCAAAGCUCAAGUCGAAGCUUUCGGAUCUACCCCUCGUUCAAAACCCUAACAACGGCCUCUUUCUCUGUUUCUCUCUCAAGCACUUGCAACUCCCAUGCAAGGACUACGUGGCGCCCCUGGUCCCGAUCGAGUCGGACGACGACGUUUCGUGCAUGUUCAGCGAGUAUGAGAAGCUUGAGUUCCUCGGUAAGCCCGCUAGGAUAUGGAUUUAUGUUUGUAAUAGUGGUAAUGGGUUUGGUCAUAGGAUAGGGAAAUUGGGUAGUUUUGAGAAUAUGCGUAAUGGGUCCGGGUUGUUUUUGGAAAGUGAUUAUCAUGUGUUUGGUGUUGAUUCUGUGAGUGGUAAUGGUAGUGAUCAGUUUGAUUGUAAUAAUGAAGUUAAGAAAUCAGUUAAAGGUGUUAGUGAUGAUUUUUGGACAAAGGUGGUACUGAUGGAAUCGGGUCGAAUUCGAGGUCUUGACAAGGGUUUAGCGUUAGGUUUUGAUCAAAACGACGUAAAGCUUACAUGUGAAAAGCAAAACCAUAGUCAAAUUUGUUUGCCACAAGGCAGUUUGAGCCAUGAGGCAAGAGAGUUCAAAUCUGGUGGCAGCCCUUAUAGGUCAAAAGUGUUAGAAUACGGAUUUUGGAAUACACACUUUCAAAGAAGUGAAAAUUUGGGUGAGAACUAUGUCCCGGAGUCCCAUUCGCAUCCCUUGAAUCCAAGGGAUGGAAACCCUUGUGUGGAACCAAAUGGUUUUACGCAGUGCUCGGCGAAUAGGUCUGGUCCAAUUUCGAGCAACAGAGGUUACAGCCAGUUUGUCACACGGUGCCAGAAGCAUUCAUGCGAUUCCAAGAUGGAUUUGAUGGAUUCGCAGAGGGUUUUGGAUGGGGGGAACAUAACGCCGUUGUCUGCCAAUUAUGAUAUGGUAAACAAUUGCUUCCCUCCAGUUUCUUGCAGGAAUCAGUUGAUUGGAAGUGAGAGGAUAUGGGCUAGGCUUCAUGGUGGGACGCGCAACCAUCAGGUCCCACCAGCUGAUUUUAGAAGCUAUAGGAGUUCGUCAUACUACUUGCGGAGCCACCGGAAUAGUGUCACGGAGAUGGGGAACCAUCGGAAUCUUAGAUGGGAAGGACGGCCCUGGGUUAGAAAAUUCUACCCUGGACUUAGGUCAAGUUCCAGCAUUUCAAAACAAGGGCAGGUUAUGAAGUUGUUUUAUCCAAGCUUGUGGAAGCCGUGGUCAGGUUACCAUCUCCAUACCUUGGAUUCUGGCCUAAAUGACCAAACAUACUCGUUUGAUCAACCUUGCACCAAUAAAGAAAACUUCACUACCAAGAGUGGUCAUGGAGUUCAACAACUACGACAGCGAAAUCCUAAGCCACUUCAAUUUGCUCACAAUGGUGUAUCAACAGGGAGGGAUGGCAAAUCUCUCUUGCCUCCUAUUGUUACCAAUAACCUCUUUACAAGCACAAGGGCUAUGGAUCCUCAGGAAGAUCUGUUAACUGGUUCCAUUGGUGAGAAACAUGUAGUUCCAUGCCAAAAUUUUACAAGGGUUCCGAGUAGCCAAUCGAGCUGUAUUGAUUUCAAAAAGGAAUCAGAGAUGGUGGAGCCAAUGGUAACUAUUGACAUCUGUGGUUCGCCGAACACUUUGGGUUUUGGAAAUGGAACAGAAUCGGGAUUUGAAAGUGGGCUGUCCAAUAUAGAAUCAAUGGUUAAUCCAUUUAGCAAACAUUGUAAUGGUGAUCAUGUUAUGCCAGGUGGACUUACCUCUGUGGUGGAUGUUUCUCUGCGUAAUCUCUCCUUAUCUUCAUCCAAAGAAGUUGAACCCACAGCCUGUACUUCUCCCAGUAGCAAUGAUGUUGCUGAAGCCUUGGUGAAGCCUCACUCAAAGCAUGUAGAUCUCAUGGUUGAAGAACUCCUCACUUCACGCCCCCAAGUUGACUCUAACGGAGUUUCAUUGGAUUCUUUUCUUAACAACGCUGCCAAAUUGGAAAAAGUGGAUGAACAAGAAGAAAAGAUGCAGCAGGACCAUCCAUCCAAUCUAAGCGUUGACAAACAGCAGGCUGACAUUGGAGAAUAUCGUAAUUGCUCCAAGGGAAACGGAAGCAUCCCUGGUGACCUUCUGCAGACUAUAAAAAAUUCUGACCUCGAAUAUAUUAAGGAACUCGGAUCUGGUACAUAUGGGUCUGUAUUCCACGGAAAAUGGAAGGGAUGUGAUGUUGCCAUCAAAAAGUUUAAACCCAGCUGCUUCGCUGAAGGUGCACCAGACCAAGACAGAUUGGUUGCAGACUUCUGGAAGGAAGCUCACAUACUUGGACAACUUCACCAUCCCCAUGUCAUGGUGUUGUAUGGUGUAGUUACAGAUGGGCCUGUCACAAAUUUGGCUGCAGUGACAGAGUACAUGGUGAACGGGUCCCUUAGACAAGUGUUGCGGAGGAAAGAUAGAACUAUUGAUCGACGAAAAAGAUUGAUUAUAGCCAUGGAUGCGGCCUUUGGUAUGGAAUAUCUGCAUGAGAAGAAUGUCGUUCACUUUGAUUUGAAGUCUCACAACUUGCUUGUGAAUAUGAGGGAUCCUCAGCGGCCGGUGUGCAAGAUUGGUGACUUUGGUUUAUCAAAAGUUAAGCAGAGGACACUGGUCUCUGGUGGAGUUCGAGGAACUAUACCAUGGAUGGCUCCGGAACUAUUGAACUUUCAGAAAAAUAUGGUUACAGAUAAGGUGGAUGUGUACUCAUUUGGAAUAAUCAUGUGGGAGCUUUUGACAGGGGAAGAACCUUAUGGAAAUAUGCGAUCAGAGGAAAUAAUAGCUGGUAUAAUCAAAGGCGAUCUGCGCCCUGAAAUUCCAAGUUGGUGUGACCCAGCAUGGAGAUCAUUGAUGGAGAGGUGUUGGUCACCCAAUCCGGCCUCUAGACCAGCUUUCUCAGAAAUUGCAAAGGAGCUUCGUGCCAUGUCAGCGGCCAUGAACAUCAAGUGAUCUCAAUUGCACUUAGCAGAAGUCCUUUUCUUGUAAACAGUUGUAAAUACUUUUGGAGCGAAGAAGUACAAGGCAUUCUGAGACGUGAUCAACUUGGCCGUCCAAUCGUCUUGUCUGAUCGGAUGGACAUAUUAACAGCCUUAGGUUGUUUUACCGAAACCGAACCAGGUGAAGCUCGUCUUUUUGCAGUACACCGGUUUGUACUAGCGUAUGGUGUGUGUGUAGGAUGUAGAACGGACUUUAUUGUAUCCCUUUUUUCCAGAACCUAUUGUAUCAGUUCGCUCUGAUUUUUGUCAAAGAGGAACAGUUGUUCUUGGA